CAGUUCCAAAAUAUAAGGAGAGAGAGAGCAAUAGAUCGUUGUUAUUAGUUAGUUGAAGCAACAAAUAUCGGAUCAUCUCCUCAACCUUCUUCCACAUGUUGUUCGAUUCUGUAGUUGAAAUGCAAAUCUGGACUUGAAUACUAAGCCAAGUUUUGGAAUUUUUUUUCCCCUCUUUGUUAGGAACCUCACACGAACUCUGCUUUUUCACUGUCCUAUUAUUAUUCUACGAAAGAAUGUCGAAAUUUCCUUUAAAGUCUGCUGCUGUUGAUGCUAUUAUUUUAAAAUCGUCAAUUUAGACGACCAACAUGUGCCAUUAAAACGACCCAUUUCGUAGAUUCUUCUACUUGGUUUCUGCUUCUCUUUCGUUUUGCUUUUCUGGGUGUAUUUGUAAGUCAGUUUUGGGGGAAAAUAUUAGGUAGAAAGAAAAUAAAAAGUUCUGGGCUUGGGUAUGUGAGUGGAGAAGAGAUGGAGAGUUUCAAUUUGGAGAACUUUGAUAUUCAAGCGAAGCACACGUCGGAGGAGACGUUGGAGAAAUGGAGGAAGCUUGUUGGGGUCGUGAAGAACCCAAAGCGGAGAUUCCGUUUCACUGCCAAUCUUUCCAAGAGAUACGAGGCUGCAGCCAUGCGUCGCAGCAAUCAGGAGAAGCUGAGGAUUGCAGUUCUGGUUUCUAAAGCUGCUUUUCAGUUUAUACAAGGUGUGUCACCAAGCGACUAUACGUUACCAGAGGAAGUCAAGGUUGCAGGAUACCAGAUUUGUGCUGAUGAGUUAGGAUCGAUUGUUGAAGGUCAUGAUGUGAAGAAGUUGAAAUUUCAUGGUGGGGUGGAGGGUAUUGGACAAAAACUCUCCACAUCGACCGAAAAAGGUCUGACUACUGAUAGUGAUCUUCUUGGCCGCAGACAAGAGAUUUUUGGAAUUAAUAAAUUUGCUGAAAGUAAACUUAGGAGUUUCUGGGUAUAUGUCUGGGAAGCCCUGCAAGACAUGACACUUAUGAUUCUGGGCGUUUGUGCUUUUGUGUCUUUGAUGGUUGGGAUAGCAAUGGAAGGAUGGCCAAAGGGGGCCCAUGAUGGUCUUGGCAUUGUUGCUAGCAUAUUGUUGGUUGUAUUUGUUACAGCAACAAGUGACUAUCGCCAGUCUUUGCAGUUUAGGGAUCUGGACAAGGAGAAAAAAAAGAUUUCUGUCCAGGUCACAAGAAACGGAUUUAGGCAGAAAUUAUCCAUAUAUGAUUUGCUUCCGGGUGAUAUUGUUCAUCUUGGUAUUGGGGAUCAAGUCCCAGCUGAUGGCCUUUUUGUUUCAGGAUUUUCUGUGUUGAUUGAUGAAUCCAGCUUGACGGGGGAGAGUGAACCAGUAGUGGUGAGUACGGAAACCCCUUUUAUGCUUUCUGGAACUAAGAUACAGGAUGGAUCAUGCAAAAUGCUGGUUACCACCGUUGGAAUGAGAACUCAGUGGGGUAAACUAAUGGCAACUCUUACUGAAGGGGGAGAUGAUGAAACCCCAUUGCAGGUGAAAUUGAAUGGAGUGGCCACAAUUAUUGGGAAGCUAGGCCUUUUCUUUGCUGUUGUUACUUUUGCAGUCUUGGUGCAAGGUAUAUUUAGCAGAAAAUGGCUAGAUGGGAGCCACUUUAGUUGGUCCGGAGAUGAUGCGUUGGAGAUUUUGGAAUACUUUGCUGUUGCAGUGACAAUUGUUGUUGUUGCAGUUCCAGAAGGGCUACCAUUGGCUGUGACACUGAGCCUUGCCUUUGCCAUGAAGAAGAUGAUGAAUGAUAAGGCAUUGGUUCGCCAUCUUGCAGCUUGUGAGACUAUGGGGUCAGCUACGACUAUAUGCAGUGACAAAACUGGAACACUAACUACAAAUCACAUGACUGUUGUGAAAGCGUGCAUUUCUAUGAAUGUUCAGGAAGUGAACAAGUCUUCUAGCUUGUCCUCUGAAAUCCCUGAGUCUGCUGUAAAGCUUUUGCUUCAGUCAAUAUUUAACAACACUGGGGGUGAAGUUGUUGUUAACAAGGAUGGCAAACUUGAGAUACUGGGAACACCCACCGAGACGGCAUUGUUAGAGUUUGCCUUGUCUCUUGGUGGAGAUUUCCAUGCAGAGCGACAAGCAUACAAACUUGUUAAAGUGGAGCCUUUCAACUCUACAAAGAAACGGAUGGGAGUAGUGCUGGAGCUUCCUGGGGGUGGUUUGCGUGCCCACACCAAGGGUGCUUCAGAAAUAGUUUUGGCUGGUUGUGAUAAGGCGAUAAAUUCAAAUGGUGAAGUUGUUCCCCUUGAUGAAACAUCCAUUAAUCAUCUGCAUUCUACAAUUAAUGAAUUUGCUAAUGAGGCUCUGCGAACUUUAUGCCUUGCGUACAUGGAACUGGAAAACGGAUUCUUGCCAGAGAAUCCUAUGCCAACUUCUGGAUACACCUGUAUUGGGAUUGUGGGUAUUAAAGAUCCUGUCCGUCCUGGCGUCAAAGAGUCUGUUGCUGUAUGUCGUUCAGCUGGUAUCACUGUCCGGAUGGUUACAGGGGACAACAUAAAUACUGCAAAAGCCAUAGCUAGGGAAUGUGGUAUUCUCACGGAUGAUGGCAUAGCCAUUGAAGGUCCAGAUUUCCGAGAGAAAAGUCAGGAGGAGAUGCUUGAACUGAUUCCAAAAAUUCAGGUGAUGGCUCGAUCUUCACCUCUAGACAAGCACACACUGGUAAAACAGUUGCGGACUACCUUCGAGGAAGUUGUGGCAGUGACUGGUGAUGGAACAAAUGAUGCCCCGGCACUGCAUGAGGCAGAUAUUGGUCUAGCUAUGGGCAUUGCUGGAACUGAGGUGGCUAAAGAAAGUGCUGAUGUUGUAAUUUUGGAUGAUAACUUCUCCACAAUUGUCACAGUGGCCAAAUGGGGACGUUCAGUUUACAUAAAUAUUCAAAAGUUUGUGCAGUUCCAGCUGACUGUUAAUGUGGUUGCUUUAAUUGUUAACUUCUCUUCAGCUUGUUUGACAGGCAAUGCCCCCCUUACUGCUGUUCAGCUAUUAUGGGUCAAUAUGAUUAUGGAUACACUGGGAGCACUUGCACUUGCAACUGAGCCUCCAAAUGAUGAAUUGAUGAAGCGUACCCCAGUUGGCAGGAAAGGGAACUUUAUCAGUAAUGUCAUGUGGAGAAAUAUCUUGGGUCAAUCUAUAUAUCAAUUUAUUGUAAUAUGGCAACUCCAAGUGAAAGGAAAAGCACUAUUCAAUCUUGAUGGACCAGAUGCUGAUCUGAACCUAAAUACACUCAUAUUCAACUCAUUUGUCUUUUGUCAGAUUUUCAAUGAGAUAAGCUCGCGCGAGAUGGAGAAAAUUGAUGUUUUCAAAGGCAUACUGGAUAACUAUGUCUUUGUCACUGUCCUUGCUUGCACAUUUUUCUUCCAGAUCAUAAUCGUGGAGUUCCUGGGUACAUUUGCAAAUACAAUGCCUCUCACUUUUUCACAGUGGUUCUUUAGCGUGUUCAUUGGGUUUUUGGGCAUGCCAAUUGCCGCUGGAGUGAAGAUGAUACCGGUGUAAACAAGUUUCGGAGAGGUGCUAUUUCGUUCUUGCAUUCAUUUCGUUUUGUGCCUGCUAACAAGUCUAGGAGCUCCCUUCUCUUGCAAUGGUAUAUAUUUGACAGACAUGAAGUUCGGAAC